AAAGCCCAAUAAAGAAUGCUCUCUGCUCUUCCCAGUCCGCAACAAAGGCGCCGUUUCUUCGCAACCCAAAGGCUGCAAAAAUUUAUCAAACCCAAUUCAAUGGAACACGAAGAAGAAGAGACCAAAAGAUGGGCAUGCAGAAGAUGCGGCCACGUCGGCCUGGAUGAAUCCGACGGCUUCUAUUACUGCCAGGAGUGCGGUGCCCAGGCCGACGAUAUCAUCUUGACCGGCGUCGCCGAUGAGGACUUCAUCGACAAGGCCGGCGAUGGUGGCGCCCUUUACAGCGCCCGCUACACCCGUCAUCCCCAGAGAACCAGCACCAUCCAAGCCGACCCCUCUUCUCAAGCCUGGUUUCGCUACACCCAAGAAGAAGACAAUAAAAAUACUUCCAACAUCAAGGUCAAGAGAGAGGAGCCGGAUGAUUACCAUUAUAGCAAUCAGUAUUUGGACGGGUUGGGACCUAUGGAGCCUGAGGAUUUCGGUUCGGGUGCAGCCGGGAAGUUGAGUUACGAGGAUUAUUACAACGAGGUGAGGAUUAGGUAUGUGAUGGGGAUGCAGUGGAUGAUUCAGUUGCAGUGUGAGGCUCUGGUCGAAAAGUUCAAUGCGAGCCCUUUAAUAUGUGGAGUGGCUGGAACUGUGUGGUUAAGAUACUUGGCAGGAGCUGGGGUUUUUAAGGAGGCCUGGGCGGAUGAAGUGUUGCUGGAUUCCGAGACUAAAACAUCAGGAGACCCAGAACAUGUGGAAAUCCGUUCCUGUCACAGAAAUGAACCUCACAAUACAUAUGGUCAGCGUGCAGUGAUGAUAUGGUUUAAGUAUUUGAGGAAGGCAAUACCAUUGUCUUGUUCACUGGCUAUUUCAUUUUUGGCAUGUCAUGUUGCCAGGGAAGCAAUUUUGCCCACAGACAUAGUGAAGUGGUCAUUUGAAGGGAAACUUCCAUACUUUGCUGCUCAUGUUGAAAUCGAAAAACGCUUUGAGCGUUCUUCACCUGCCUGUCCCAUCAGUCCAAGACUAAUGUUUAGGCCUUCUCAAAUAGUUCCAAUACAGAAGCUGGAAUCAAUGGCAGCAGCGAUUGCUGAGUCGAUAGGCUUGCAUUUACCUCCAGUGAACUUCUAUGGGAUAGCUUCUCGCUAUCUCAAGAAGCUCUCUCUUCCAGUCGAGAAGAUUCUUCUACAGGCAUGCCGCAUACAUGAAUGGUCAAUGCCCCCAGAUUUAUGGUUAUCCAUAAAUGAGCUGAGGCUUCCUACACGUGUCUGUGUAAUGUCCAUACUGAUUGUGACUGUAAGAAUUCUCUAUAACAUAAAUGGUUUUGGGGCGUGGGAAAGAAGUUUGUCUAGUCGCAAUUGCUCUACUUCUGGUCCUCAUCGUGGCGGUAGAAUAGACUCCACAUUUGCUUCUGAAAUACUGGAAGAUGCUCAAGAAGUUUCUGGUUGUCAUCUGGACAAGGUCAAUAAUUUAGGUGAAAAAUUCAUUAAAAAUCAUUCACACCUUCAGAAGCCUGAGUUGGAUUCUUCAGAGCUCUUGUACCACCUAGAAGCUACAUAUAAUGAGAUUGGUGAUACUUAUGAGUUUAGAAAGGACUUACCAUCAUAUCUCCAACACUGUAAUGAUGUGGUAUUUGCUGGAGCAGGACCAUCACAUAUGGAUCAUCUUGAGGAAGAAAAGUUAAUAGAAAAGUUAUGGGAUUUCUAUCAGAAUGAAAAGGAUUCUGAGUUGGGAGAAGAGCCUGAGGUCCAAAGUAGUAGUGUUUUAAAGCAGAAGAGGCCAAGGAAUGAUGAUGGUUAUGUUAAUAGUCCGUCAGAAAAGAAGAAAAAUAGAGAAGGAUGGUAUGAUUGUCCAUCUGCUGAUGCUAGCAUUGACAAUGCUGAUGGUAGUCCACAGCAAAGUGAGGAUAAUGAUCGUUUCUCCAAUAAUUCACAGGGCGAUCAAAAUCCAUACAACAAUGAAAAUUCAGAAGAGACACUUGUAGACACAGCAAUUAGACGGUUGAAAUUAGAUAUGGAAGAGAAUAGGUUCUGUUACAUUCCACCAAGAGUGAACCUCAAGAGAUUUGAUUACCUUCAUUAUGUAAGGAAGAAAGAUGAGGGUGCCUUUACGUAUGUUGCCCAUGCAGAUUAUUACAUAUUGCUUCGUGCUUGUGCUAGGGUGGCUCAGGUUGAUAUCCGAAUUAUGCAUAUUGGGGUAUUGAGUUUUGAGAGGAGACUGGCUUGGUUGGAGAAAAGAAUUGACCACUGCUUGCAUUUGACACCUCCUAGUAUUACUUGCGAGUUCUGCAGAGACGAGCCUGAUCAUUCUAAGGAUGAUCUAAUUGGACUUUCAAAUUUGAAUUUGUGAAAUUCACAUCAUUGUUGUUGUUAUCAUCAUCAUCCUGCUUUUGCUGAGGUACUUCAUAGUGAGCCACGGUUGUCCUGUAGCCAUUUUUGUCAAAGAAAAGGUUUCGCCCAGAUCAAAAACAUGAUAGUAACAAGGUUUGUUAGGUGGUAACGUGUAUAGUGGUUCUUCAUAACUUUGGUUCUCAUGGGUUGCUAUGAAAUUUUUGUAACCCAAUGCUUAUGUCUCUGUGAAAACAUUUAAGGAAUUGAACUUUUUAAUUUUUUUCGUA